UCUGUUCCAAAGGGUUCUACUCCCUUUUUGAGCCUGAAGGGCUAAAGGAUCUUUUUUUUUUGAUCAGAUAAUAUGUUGGUUUGCUUUUAGGAUCUGUGAUGGUUAAGUUUGGUUUAAGCAUUUUGUAUCCACAAUCAACAUUUUUGGUGAUGAGCUGGUGUUUUAAAAUUUGAUGUUGUUUUUCAUCAUUCAGAACAUUGCCUGAAGCAGGUCCACCAUGCCGUUAGUAACAAGAAACAUUGAGCCAAGGCACCUGUGCCGUCAGACGUUGCCUAGCGUUAGAAGCGAGCUGGAAUGCAUGACCAACAUCACCCUGGCAAAUGUCAUCCGACAGCUGGGCAGCCUGAGUUAUACUGGAAAGGUAAAUACGCAGAGGACAUUUUUGGAGAGCUCUUUACUCAGGCAAAUACCUUUGCCUCUCGCGUAAGCACCCUUGCUGAGAGGGUUGACCGACUACAAGUUAAAGUCACUCAGCUGGAUCCCAAAGAAGAAGAAGUGUCACUACAAGGAAUCAACACCCGAAAGGCUUUCAGAAGCUCUACCAUUCAAGACCAGAAGCUUUUUGACAGAAAUUCUCUCCCAGUGCCUGUCUUGGAAACAUACAAUACCUGUGAUACUCCACCCCCUCUCAACAAUCUCACCCCUUACAGGGAUGAUGGAAAAGAGGCACUCAAAUUCUACACCGACCCUUCAUACUUCUUUGAUCUUUGGAAGGAGAAGAUGCUGCAGGACACCAAGGAUAUCAUGAAAGAGAAGAGAAAGCAUAGGAAAGAAAAGAAAGAUAAUCCAAAUCGAGGGAAUGUAAACCCACGUAAAAUCAAGACACGUAAAGAAGAAUGGGAGAAAAUGAAGAUGGGACAAGAAUUUGUGGAGUCCAAAGAAAAGCUGGGGCCUUCUGGGUAUUCACCCGCCUUAGUGUACCAGAAUGGCAGCAUUGGCUCUAUUGAAAAUGUGGAUGUAGGCAGCUAUCCACCACCACCACAGUCAGACUCCGCCUCUUCACCUUCACCUUCUUUCUCUGAGGAGAACUUGCCUCCCCCACCAGCAGAAUUCAGCUAUCCAGCAGACAACCAAAGAGGAUCUGGCUUGGCUGGACCCAAAAGAUCCAGCGUGGUUAGCCCAAGCCAUCCACCCCCAGCUCCUCCUCUGGGUUCUCCACCAGGCCCCAAACCUGGGUUUGCUCCACCACCUGCCCCUCCUCCUCCACCUCCAAUGGGCAUUCCACCUCCACCACCACCCAUAGGAUUUGGGUCUCCAGGGACCCCUCCACCACCUUCACCCCCAUCUUUUCCACCUCACCCUGAUUUUGCUGCCCCUCCACCACCUCCCCUGCCACCUGCAGUGGACUACCCCACUCUGCCACCACCUCCCUUGUCCCAACCAGUAGGCGGUGCGCCUCCCCCUCCCCCUCCCCCUCCCCCUCCAGGACCUCCACCUCUCCCUUUCAGUGGUGGGGAUGGCCAGCCUGCCAUACCACCACCGCCGCUUUCUGAUGCCACUAAGCCCAAGUCCUCCUUGCCUGCUGUGAGUGAUGCCCGUAGCGACCUGCUUUCUGCCAUCCGUCAAGGCUUUCAGCUACGAAGGGUUGAAGAACAGCGGGAGCAAGAGAAACGAGAUGUUGUGGGCAAUGAUGUGGCCACCAUCCUGUCACGUCGUAUUGCUGUUGAGUACAGUGACUCGGAAGAUGACUCCUCUGAAUUUGAUGAGGACGACUGGUCGGAUUAACUCUUUCUGCCUGCCGCCCACCUCCUUUUCUUUCCUUCCUACCUUCCUUUUUUGAUGCCUAUCCUAAUAGUCCUGUGGGAGGGGGAGAAACAAAAGAAUUUCAAGGGCCAAAGCCUUCCCUGAAGCAACCAAAGAUAUAUCCAAGUGCUUCCUCCAAAUCAACAUGUAUUUUCUCUCCCUAUUGUUAAGAGCAUGGGCUCCUGAGUUUCAUAGCUAAGAUGAGAUGUUCCCUGGUUCCUUCAAGCGACUGUCACAUAUUGAAAGGAAGGAAAACCCCCCAAAGCAGAUUUCUUUGAUUGGGUUUCAAUGGGAAAUGGUAUUCUUCGCUAGGAGCCAUUUUCAAUUGAAUUCCAACCAUCUUCUGGUCCUAAAGUACUGAGAGCAGACUGUGGGGACACAGUUGUCCCCCUUUCCUGUGUCCUAAGAGGGCAGAGCAGUCUGAGUACCCCGAAGCCAGACCACCUCUUGCCUACUCCUGCUGUCUGCCCUAAUUAGCAGGGUGGGGCUGCCUUUUAUUCAGUGAUCUUUUGACCUGGGAUAUUUUUUAUUCCAGGAGGUAACAGACCACUACAGAGUGUCUCAUCCACUUUUCCCAGAAACAAGGUCUCUGAAGGCUGAGGCUGUUGCCUCCCUCCUAGACUCCCUCUUAUCAAGUAUGAUGGUAAAGUGUCCUUUAAAUACCCCUUCCUUGCCCUUAGGUGCCUUUAGGCUAUAUAGCUCAGUUUUAACCUCUAAUAUCUAUGACCAAACUAGCCCUGACACACAGGGACAUGGGUGGGCUUCUGCUGACUGUCAGGAGCAAAGCUUAGAGACUUGGAACUACAGAACUAGAAGGAUGGUAGGAUUCCUUGGGUCUGCCCUCUUAAAGAUGAUGAGGCCUAGACAAGGGAAGUGACUUGCUCAAGGUCACACAGUUGGAUAGUAAUGGAGCAAGAGCCCAGACAUCCUGAUUCCAAGUCACCUGUGCUUUCUGGGACCAAAUAAUGGGCACCUGCUGGAGUCUGGGCAGAGCAGUCUUGGCUCUGUGCUGCUCCAGACCUCCCCAUAGGCAGGGGUCCCAGUCGGAGGCUCAGUGCCUGUGCCAGCCCUGUCAGUGCUGCUCAGACCUUAUAGCCUCUCAUGUAACCCUUUGUUGCCCCUUCCUAUCAUCAGCCAACAACAUGGCCUAGGAGCUGUGCUUCUGGGAAACCAGAGAGAAAAAGAAGAGGGCAGGCAGCUUUGACAGGUGCUGUUUUCAGUUUUACUGCAACUCCUCCCCCUUUUAUUUCCCCAAUUUAAGCAUAGGUUCUACCAGCUGUAGAAACUUGAGUCCCUCAGGCUGGCAGCCACCCCAGGUACCUGCCUUGGUGUGUGUGUUGGGGGGUGCCUAGCAGCCGUGAAGAGGGCUGAAGGGUGGAAGGACUCAAGGUCUUCCCUUAUUUCACAUGGUAAUGUUCAUCCCCCCACCCCCAGCCACUUCCCAGAGUUUAUACACAGGUGCUAUUAUUUAGGAAAAAACUGGUCAGCUCUGGCCAACAGCAAGGUUUUUCUCUUCUGCCCCAACUAUUGUGUGGCCUCUCAUGCUGAAAUCAGCUUCUCCAGCUUUCAGAGCCUGAAACAAAGAGAAAAAGGAUCUGUCUCUACCCAGCACAGCAAAUGGUUGUAGUAAUUGCCAAAGCCCUCAUAAACCCCUCCGGCUUGAGGAGAGUAUGAUCGUGGGCACUGCUGCCUGCCCUUGCUGAAUACCUCCCUCUGCCUCCUUUCUUGAACUUAGGAUGUGGGGAGAGCCUGCAAGUGCCAGAAUAUGCUUCUGCUGCAGCUACUCCAGAGUGUGCCCUCCUCCUACUCCCCAGAUAAGGUAUCUCCUACACAGGGCUUGGCACCCAACUCCAUGCUGAGCACACCAGGCUGGGCCUGCCCAGCCAUGUCCCCUACUUGCACUUUGGAAGCCGAAGGUCCUUUUAUCAGAACCCUGAAAUGCUGUUGAAGGUGCCCCGGCUGCAGCCCAGCAGCGGCUGGAGAGGCAGGCGGAGGCCAGUGUUUCUCCCAAAUAGGAGUCCUGGGGCCUGGCCAGGCCAGGGUUUGGGCCUAAUGGCUGUGAGUAAAUUACCCCCAUCCUCCUCCUUUCCGGAAGAGGGGGAGCCAGAGCCACUCACUAUCAUUCUGCUCUGACCUUGAAGGGGGUGGUGUUGGCCUGGCUUCUGGAAUGGACAGAGUCCACUGCAGAAAGGGCUGGGGGCAGGAGGAGGUGGGGAGGGGCCCUGCCUGCGGAAGGUAGGAUUAGAUCAUUAGCUCAGUGACCUCCUAGGGUUUCGAUGUGCUGUGUUCUCAUCCUACAGCUGGUUUGGUAAUGAUCUGCAAGUCCCGGAGAGCAACAGCACAGCUCUGCCUGACGCUCUCAUUAAAAUCUAUGCAGCCAAGCUCGGCUCUUUGUAGCAGCCGGCCUUGCGAAGCCUCCUCAGCUCGGGGGGCUGGGGACCCAGUCAGCUGAGAGGCCCUCUGGGCUCUACUUAUGCAUAUGUGCACCAAAAAAAAAAAAAAAAAGUGCUUCUUGAAACCCAAAGUCCUUUAAAAUGAUAAAGGAUCCAA